GGAACCUUCAAUACCAAUCUGAAAGACAGCUUGUCUAAGUAAUAAAGGUCACCACAAACCUCAGUCAACAAAAAGAUUUGUCCUUUGUGGAAGAUCCAAUCUUCGUAAUCAGAAAAAAAAAACCAAGAAAGAAAGAACCAUAGAAGAAACAGAAAAGAAUAAAAUGGAAUAUACAUAUUAAGUGAAAGUGAAGAAGAAGGAAGAAGGAAUGAGGGGAGUUGAUUAUUACAAGAUACUGCAAGUAGAUAGGAAUGCGAAAGAUGAAGACUUGAAAAAGGCAUAUAGGAAAUUGGUUAUGAAAUGGCAUCCUGAUAAGAACCCAAAGAACAAGAAAGAAGCUGAAGCUAAAUUCAAGCAAAUCGCUGAAGCCUAUGAGGUGUUAAGUGAUCCCCAGAAAAGAGCAUUGUAUGAUAAAUACGGUGAAGAGGGUGUAAAAGGUGCAGCGUCACCACCAGAAUCUGAAGUGGCUACCUUCUUCUCUACAGGGGAUGGACCAACAACGUUCCGAUUCAAUUCACGGGACGCUGAGGACAUGUUUGCGGAGUUAAUGAGUUUUUCUAGAACUUUUGGUGGUGGCAGCGGCAUGAGUGGCACAAGAUUCACUAGUUCACUUUUUGGUGAUGACAUUUUUGGAUAUUUUGGUGAAGGAAUGGGAGGGGGAGGUGGGCCAAUGCACCCAGGUGGUCCAAGAAAAGCACCUCCGAUAGAGAAUAAGUUGCCUUGUAGCCUUGAAGAGCUAUAUAAAGGGACUACUAAGAAGAUGAAGAUCUCUCGAGAGAUUGCUGAUAUCAGUGGCAAAACCUCGCAGGUGGAAGAGAUUUUAACCUUUGAUGUGAAGCCCGGAUGGAAGAUAGGUACGAAAAUCAUAUUCAAAGAGAAAGGGAAUGAACAGCCAAAUGUUAUACCUGCAGAUAUUGUCUUUGUCAUUGAUGAGAAGCCCCACAGUGUGUUCAUCCGGGAUGGCAAUGACUUGAUUGUCACACAAAGGAUCUCUCUUGAGGAAGCCUUGACAGGUUAUACUGUUCAUCUCACUACCCUGGACGGCAGGAACUUAACCAUUCCAAUCAACAAUGUAAUUCCUCUAAACCAUGAGGAAGUAGUUCCCAGGGAAGGGAUGCCGCUCUCAAAAGAUCCUACAAAGAGAGGAAACUUGAGAAUCAAAUUCAACAUCAAGUUCCCAACAAGGCUGACAACAGAACAAAAAUCUGGAAUCAAGCAACUCUUGGGUCCUUGAGACUGAUAUUGGCGAAUUUUCACUUUUGGGUACAAAGGGUGCACUUUUUUUUUUUUUUUGAAAAGCAAUACAAAGGGUGAACUUACUGUGAAUACGUAAAUUUUAGAUGGCUGUGAGAUCUUACAGAUAGAAGGGAGCAAUAUUGGUUGGUUUUUUGAUUGACUGAGUAGAAAACUUGAUUUUGAUACUCUUGAUUAGAAUUGUUGAAGACUCGCCUGUCCAUUCUACA